AUGCUUGGGCUAGUUCCUGCCAGUCAGAAGCAGGUCUUCGGAGCUCCUUCUCCUCAACAACUAUCCAUGGAUUCGCCCACAAUGAACACUCAUCAAAAUGACACUUUCUUUCAUGCUAAUCAAGCCCAUGAUCAAUGUUAUGUGGAACCGUACAUUGCAGCACCUGAACCAAAUAUACACUUUCCGGCGUUUAACCAAGAAGAGGCCAACAUUUUUCGAUAUAGGCAACAGCAAGGCGUGAAUCUUGGCUCUUGGUUUGUCCACGAGAACUGGAUGCAGCCCACUACGAUGUUUGAUUGUGCUUCUGGCAACAAGGAAUCUGAAUACGAUAUCGCUUCUGGCUGGGGAUCUAAGGCUUCUGCGCGCGCUCUUCUAGAAAAACACUGGGACACCUUCAUUGGCCCUGCUGAUUUCGCCUAUCUAGCUGGCAUUGGCAUCAACACCGUGCGGUUGCCAAUCGGGUACUGGAGCCUAGGUCCUGAAUUCUGCAAGGGAACUCUCUUCGAAUCGGUUGCUGAUGUCUAUACAAAUUCGUGGAGCAGGGUUCUCCAGGCUAUUAAAUGGGCUGGCGCGUCCGGCAUCGGUGUACUGGUUGAUCUUCAUGGCGCACCUGGCAGUCAAAACGGAGAAUCCCACUCUGGAGUCUCUGAUCACAAAGCCCAGCUGUUCGACUCCGACAAUAGGGAGAAGACCAUCAAGGUCUUGCAAUACAUAGCUCAGCAACUGUGCAAUAUCAACCACAUAGUAGGCAUACAGAUACUCAACGAACCUAAGGAACACGAAAUGCUAGCCGCGUUUUAUGACGAAGCCAUGGCGGCCAUGAACUGCUCCAUCCCAAAGUACAUACACGACGCCUUCAACCUCGCCAAGUACUCUGAAUACAACUCGCAUCGACAGGAUUUCGUUGUGGUUGAUCAUCACUCUUACUUCGUUUUUACGGACAAAGAUAACACUGAGUCGGCAUCUGGUCAUACUCAAGACGUCGGUAGUUCGAUCGCGGCUAACCUCGCCGCACACUCGUCACAGCAAAGGGGAAAUCUCAUCAUCGGUGAAUGGUCUUGUGCUCUAUCCAGUCAAAGCGUGAAGAAGGAAAACGACCCAGAGGCUUCGCAAAAGGAGUUCUGCACUCGCCAGAUGGAGACUUAUGGGGCCAAUACUGCUGGCUGGACAUUCUGGUCUUACAUGAAAGAAGGAUGCCAAACCGAUCCGGGCUGGUGUUUCAAGUCCGCUGUGGGCAACAUGCUUCCACCUAGUUUUCACUCGUAUCCAAACGCAGCUACCAAGACCCUAGACGGCGUGCGACUACUAGUCAAACCCCUUGCUGGCGCUGCUCCCGGCCCAAUAUCUUCGGACCCUCAAGACUCAUCUUCCCUCCGUACCUCCGCCGCUGGGGUUCGACGAGAGAAUGGCACCUUUCGUCGUCGUCAAGCAUCCAUUCACCAUCGCCAUCUACACCAACGUGAGCCUCCAAGCUCCCAGAACGGCUCCAUCCCAUUCCAGACGGGGUACCGGGAUGGUUAUGAUACUGCGCUCAAGUUUGCAACGUACUUGUCGAAAGUUGGCUUCAAGCAGCAAUGCAUGAUGGAUAACUGCGGCGGAUUUGGAGAUCAAUAUAACUCUAUCGGAGCGCAGGAUGAGUACGCGGACGGCUAUCUAAAAGGUAUAAGCGAGGGGGAGCACACCGUGGAAGCGACACUGGUACCAGCAAAUCCGCUAUAA